AUGUCUACUCACGUCAUACGCAAGAUCGGCCUUGCCCUCUUUACCCUCUUCGCACUUGUCUCCAUCGCCGCCAUGAUCUAUAACUAUCGGUUAAUCGGCCACUUUCUUCCCAUCAACGCUGACCACAAUGUUUUCUAUCAUCGACCGGUAGUGGACGAUCCCAACUUACAGCGACCCUCGUGCCACGUAUCUCCUCCUUUGCCGAGGACUAAACGGACCGAAUUCGGCCGGAGAGGAUGCACAAUCUACGGCUACCCCUCCACUGGCGGUGUUCUUAUCAAAGAGGCUGAUCUUCUCGACAUGCUUUUUCUCUCACUCCCUCGCUCUCAUGAGUUGCAGCGUACUUGUGAUGUCGAUGAAGAAGAUAGAUUCUGUCAUCUCUUGCGAAGGACUGGUGCGAAGUGGUGGUCGAGUAGGGAGGAUGAGAUAGAUGCAAUGUUGGGUGAGAGGCAUAUGACGGAGGAAGAAGAGAAGGUGAUAGUGUUUGGUUGGCCGACGGAUGGAGUAGGUGUGUGGGUACUGAGAUAUCAGAGUGGGUGGCAACGUCCAAAAGAUUUUGGGAGAAUGAGUCUAGCGAUGAGUAUGGAGGAGAAGAUAAAGAUUAUGAGAGAGUAUGGUGCUACGUUCGUUGAAGAUGUUACGCAGGUGGAGGAACUUUAUAAUGACCAAAUACCUUCUAAGGGUACUUUUGGAGAGGAAUUAUAG